UUGAUCUUCUUCAUCCAAUCGUUUAGCAGCUCUGCGCUAAAAUUCAUGCUAUUUGCUGGUGUGGUGCCUUUAUUGUCAUAUCAAUCGACGUGAAACAUUUUUGUCAAAAUAAAGGUGUAAACAAUAAAUCGAAAACAAUGGCAUCGAUGCGGAUGAAGGCAGCCAAAUGUCCUUCUGAUGAGUUAGCCAUCACAAACUGUGCCCUGAUCAAUCCCGAGGACUUCCCCAGUGACACAAAACAUAUUGAAGUAGCUACAGGCCCAUCACAGCACUUUGUGUUCAGUAUCAGAUUCUACAAUGGGGUGGACAGGGGUACUGUGGGCUUUUCAGCCCCACAAAGAAAGUGGGCUACUCUUUCCAUUGGUCAGACAAUUGAUGUAAAGAUUUUCAAGCCUCAGAAUGCGGAAUGCCUGUGCAAUGUAACCUUGGAAGCUGAUUUCCUAGUCAAGAAAACCACAACACUGGACCCGUACGACUCAGAGCAAAUGGCGCGGGAGUUCCUCCUCCAGUUCGCGAACCAGGUGUUCUCCGUGGGCCAGCAACUCGCCUUCUCCUUCCAGGACAAGAAGAUCCUCUCUCUCAUCGUUAAGAACUUGGAAGCGGUGGAUGUUCAGGCAAUGGCUCAGGGAGCUAAAGUGAUCCCGCGCAGGGUCCGCAUGGGGCGGCUGCUGCCUGAUGCCAAUGUGCAGUUCGACAAGGCUGAGAACUCCAGCCUCAACCUCACCGGCAAGGCUAAAGGCAAACAACCUCGCCAGUCCAUCAUAAACCCAGACUGGGAUUUCGGCAAGAUGGGCAUCGGCGGCUUGGACAAAGAGUUCAACGCGAUCUUCAGACGGGCGUUCGCGUCACGAGUCUUCCCGCCAGAGGUCGUGGAACAAUUAGGAUGCAAACACGUAAAGGGUAUACUACUGUUUGGGCCGCCCGGUACCGGCAAAACGUUGAUGGCGCGGCAGAUCGGGAAUAUGCUCAAUGCACGGGAGCCGAAGAUUGUCAAUGGGCCGCAAAUAUUGGACAAAUAUGUUGGUGAGAGCGAGGCCAACAUUAGAAGGCUGUUUGCUGAUGCCGAGGAGGAAGAGAAGAGGUGCGGCCCCAACAGCGGCCUACACAUAAUAAUCUUCGACGAGAUCGACGCCAUUUGCAAAGCGCGAGGUUCAGUUGGCGGGAACACUGGCGUGCACGACACCGUCGUCAACCAACUGCUGUCCAAAAUUGAUGGCGUGGACCAACUAAACAACAUCCUGGUGAUCGGCAUGACCAACAGACGGGACAUGAUAGACGAAGCCCUAAUGCGGCCGGGCCGUCUCGAGGUGCAGAUGGAAAUCGGUUUGCCGGACGAACACGGUCGCGUGCAGAUCCUCAACAUUCACACCAAAAGGAUGAGGGAAUAUAAAAAGAUUGCUGAUGAUGUUGAUGCAAAGGAACUGGCCGCCCUGACGAAGAACUUCUCCGGCGCGGAGCUGGAGGGGCUGGUGCGCGCGGCGCAGUCCACGGCCAUGAACCGCCUGAUCAAGGCCAGCAGCAAGGUGGAGGUGGACCCGGAGGCCAUGGAGAAGCUCAUGGUGGAGCGCGGGGACUUCAUGCACGCCUUGGAGAACGACAUCAAACCUGCCUUCGGUACAGCAGCGGAGGCUCUGGAGAACUUCCUUACUCGCGGCAUCAUCAACUGGGGACCUCCGGUGACUUCCCUCCUGGAAGACGGACAGCUUUAUAUCCAGCAGGCGAGGGCUACUGAAGCUAGUGGUCUUGUAUCGGUGCUGUUGGAAGGGCCGCCGAACAGCGGUAAAACAGCAUUGGCGGCGCAACUCGCAAAGCUUUCAGACUUCCCGUUCGUGAAGGUGUGCUCACCUGAAGACAUGAUCGGCUUCACUGAGUCUGCCAAGUGCUUGCAGAUAAGGAAGUACUUCGACGACGCAUACCGCUCCAGUCUAUCCUGCAUUCUAGUCGAUAACAUCGAACGUCUACUAGACUAUGGUCCCAUCGGCCCUCGAUACUCCAACUUGACACUGCAAGCCUUGCUGGUUUUGUUAAAGAAACAACCGCCCAAGGGCAGGAAACUGCUCAUUCUGUGCACCAGCAGUCGCAGACAAGUCCUAGAAGACAUGGAGGUGCUGUCAGCAUUCACGGGUAUAUUGCACGUGCCCAACCUGUCUUCGCCGGAGCACGUGAUAGCGGUGCUGGAAGAGAGUGACGCCUUCUCCAAGCGGGACUUGCUCAAGAUACAGAGCGACAUGCGAGGCGCCAAGGUAUUCAUCGGCAUCAAGAAGCUCCUAGCCCUGAUCGACAUGGUGAAGCAGACGGACGAAGAGUACCGAGUAUUCAAGUUCCUCACCAAAAUGCAAGAGGAAGGCGCGCUAGACCUCGGCACCACCAUACAAUAAGACUCAUUGCAACCUUAGGGAUUACAUGCGCAUACCCUCAUGCCCUCACCAGAUCACACUAAUGCACAUAUCUACUCAUCUAAACUCACUACUAAAGUUAAUGAAUGCACGCCGUGCGCCUCUGACUUGAAGAGUUUCGAAAUAGACUACGACGAUAUCAGUGACUGCGCCGAAUCUUUGGCAGACAGCUAUCACAAAAGAGGCAGGACGGCUAAAGGCAACGAACUAUCCCCCGCCAAAAUGCCUCUAAUGAGAAUACGCAGCGUCGAAAUCGUUUUCGAAGACGAAAUGUCAACGUGCACAGACACAGGUCUUUUGGAUCGAAGCAUCGAACUUAUUGUUUCUGAUAGCGAUGAUUCUACUAAAUGCGUGGAUGACUUAGAACAUUUGCAGGUCGAGAGAGAUGACUCAGUGACUCUUAACGCCGAGGCAGACUUAUCGGACGAUAAUUCGUACAAUAAAGAAGUCAUCGAGGAGUUACCAUUGGUAGAGACGCCACAGUCAAGUUGUUUCCGUGAGGUUGACGAUACUUUUCACGCACCAAAUGUGACGUCAGUCGAGGCGAACGAGUCUGCGAAUGAUGACGUCACGUUUUCUUUAAACUCCUCGGAUGUAGUCGACUCCGGGCGGUACACUGAAGACGCCAGUUCGUCGCAUUUCGAGUCUCUUCCUAUAUUAGCAUACGAAGAUGCUUUGCUUUCUCAUUCGUUUGACGUGAUUGAUAAAUCGACGGCGUAUGAUAUGUCAGAAGUUUGUAGUAUAAGUACUGAUGGUCAACCCAAACUGUUGCUAGAGUAUAUAGACAGCAACAGCGAUAGUUCGGACAACACGGCCGUGUGCGAGGAUCCACCCAUGAAAUAUUUGUAUCAAGACAUACCAGGCUCUAUUGAAGAUCCUAACGCAUGCGACAGCAACGAUUUACAAUACGACUCAUUUAUAGAUAUGGGAAAGUUCUAAAAAAUAUUAUCAAAUUGUCCGCUGAAAUACAAUAUUGCUUCGUUUAUAUUUAAUGGAAUAUUAAUGAAUGCUUAUGCUUGUGAUGUGAGUACGCUACGCACGUGCGUUUGUAUUGGGGCUGUACCGUGAGAUAUAUACGAAACGACCGCACUUUGUGACCGACUUUGUUUUCGUACGCAAAUCGUGCGUACUAUUAACCUGAGCUAUUCUGACACUUUAUAUACCUUUAUUACACAGCUUUUGCACUGAGGGGGGCUUGGAGGUAUGCGGCUCCCGUAACCAUGUCAUUUCCCUCAUUAGUCCCGUUCUAGCCAAUCUUUUGUAUAGUAUAUUCUUUGUAAAUAAAAAUGUACCUUCCAGUAGUCAAUAACAGUAUUUAUAGUUGAAUAUAUAAUGACAUGGUUACAGAAAUCCCAGGGUUGUAAGUCUAGGCAAUAGCUCAAUUAACGACAUUGUAUUAUAUUUUUUUAAGUAGCUAUUUUUUAUUUAUUUGUUAAUAAAAUGUGAUACAGCUUGACGCUGUUUAUUGUGUUAAAUACUUAAUAGGUAUACUUUGAUUAUUAUGUAAUAAUACAAAUAGAUGUUUAAGAGAAUGUUGUCAAUAUUGUAGUAUUAUAAACUAUGUAUUUGAGGAUAUUGUUGUGACAAGCUUUUAAUGACUUGCAUUAUUAGCAUUGAGUACAAUUAAAGAUAACGUUAAAUGCUAGAAAUAUCUUGCACAUCUUGUAAAGGACACAGUCAAUUAAUGGUUGAGAUAUAUUGUUCUGAUUGGAAGAAUAAGAUCCAUGGCAAUGAGUCUCAUAUUUGAAACUCCAGAAUAGUGAAUUGAGUGGAGAUAGCAUUUAUGACUUAAUAUAUUAAGUCAUAUUUAAAAUCAAAAUUAAUUGAAUAGCCAUAAAAUUAUAAUAAUAUAUACAUAAGUAAUGACUAUUAUAUUGCACUUAAAGUUACAUCUUGUAAUUUUUUUGUUUAGAGGAUUUAUUAUAAAUGUUAUCGUUAUAAUCUCUCUUGUUGCUAAAGGUAUUUAUUGUUGCCACCAUGUUUUUUGCAUUGUUGUGAACAGGGCUCAAACUGUUUUUGGGUAUAACCAGAGUGAAACACUUCCGCGAGCGUUAACGCCUCCGAGAUUAACCUGGUUGAUUCCAAUACCCGCAUAAUAAGGACGACGCUAUGUUUUAUCUCUUUAUUAUUCUCUGUGUAUGGUGAGUGGCUGGAAACGAGCAAGAGCGAGAACUCAUUUGGAACUGAUAAAUGUAACCAAAAUCGAAAUGAAAAUGUUUGUGGAUCAGAAGCCAAAGCGCUUUUAUCAAAAAGUGAGAUGAACGCCAAUUGAUUCCAUAAAGUAACCAGGUAUCCGAGCCCUGUCAUGAAUUGAAUGGUGUUACAUUCCAUUGUCACUCAUAGUCUCAUAUCUUUUAUAGUAAAGUGAUAUGAUAUGGCUGGGGUUUUUUUUUUCGUCUAUUGGAGAUAGCUUAUAGAUCAUGUUCUAGAACUGUAGUGAUGUAUUUUAUCUCACUGUUUUAUCUGCUGAAUGUGAAGUUAUUUAAAAAAUAACAGUUUUAACAUAGCCACUUGUUAUUAAUUCAUCUAUUUUAUUGAAUAAGCUUGCUGUAAUUCAGUAUUACGAAAUCCCAUCAAUUAAUAUCGACUGAUAAAAUCUAUAUUAAUUAUGUACCUACGUGAUUUACUAUUUUUUGUAUUUGAUUAGGAAGUCGUUCUGACUGAAAAUUUUUUGAUAAAAAAUAUCUAAAAUUACUUUCGAAAUAGCUAGCUAGAAUUACGGUUUGGUAUGGGCCAAACCUAGCUUAAAUAAAAAAUGUUACUAGAUCCAUAAAGUUGAGCAUAUGCAAAAAUAAUGGAUGAGGGACAAGUGGCUAUGUAGUCAAUGUUUAGGCCUCAAUCUGUUCAAUAAAAUGAUAUAAUGGAA